AUUAAGAGAGGAAAAACCGGAACAGAAGGCGUGCUCGCAGGAACAAUAUGGAUAGCUGAGUCCUCCAGCACAUCUCUGUCUCCUAAUCUCUUCUGAUCCUCCAUUGUUUUCAUUUAAUGGUUUUCCAAUCUUAUGAAUCAGAUCUUUUAAACACAGGGGAUCAGUAGCCAGUGGAGACGCGAAGCAAAUCAACAAAAAAAAAAAAAAACACUAAAGAACGACUCAGAAGUAAGAACAUGGAAUCGGUCGCCGUCGGUAGAGGCGGAGAAGAUCUUUCGUCGAGCUUAAAUCCUUCUUCGGCGGUUUCCGAGUGGAGCUUCGCCGUAUCUCGUCGGUACCAGCAUCUGCUAGACAAGUCAACCCCUCACAUACUCAGGCGUUGGAUUGGAUUCGCCGUCGUCGUCGCCAUCUACGUCAUCCGUGUAUUGUUCAUCCAAGGAUUCUACAUCGUCUCCUACGGUCUUGGUAUCUAUAUCCUCAACCUCCUCAUCGCCUUCCUCUCCCCUCAGGUUGACCCUGAGAUUGAAGAACUCGCCGACGGCCCCGCCCUUCCCACCAGAGGCUCCGAUGAAUUCCGCCCUUUUGUUCGCCGCCUUCCCGAGUUUAAGUUCUGGUAUUCCAUAACAAAAGCCUUCUGCAUUGCUUUUGUGAUGACAUUUUUCAGCGUGUUUGAUGUGCCCGUGUUUUGGCCGGUACUACUUUUCUACUGGUUUAUGCUGUUCACCCUCACGAUGAAGAGACAGAUACUGCACAUGAUCAAAUACAGAUAUGUUCCCUUCACAUCUGGCAAGCAGCGCUACACUGGAAGGAGAGCAGCUUCAACUGAUGAUCUGAGCCUUCCUAAAGAUUGAAACUUCUGGUGGGUCGAACCAUUGGAUGUGGAUAAUAACCUAUGCACAGUUGACGACUUUGUUGUUUAUGAAAUUUCUUCUAACAGCUGGAGCUCUGUGGGAAUCAUAGGAGCAGCAACAGCUGCCUGUAAAUCUUUCUUUUUGCUGCAUGUGAAAUUUUUGGGAUUAUUGUCAGGUAAGCACCGAAAAGUCUAGCCAAAUAUGCAGGCUAUGGGGGACAUAGUUGCUCCUAUCUGCCCUUGCUGCAAGAGAUUUUGGAAUGCAUUGCAUUGGAAUGGAUUAUACUAUACUACCUUAGGAGCAUCAAAAACAAAGAAUGCUAUCUGAAUGAUACUUUGCAAUGAUAUAUGGAAUUUACUGAUGAA